AUGGGCAUUCCGCCUUCUGCAGUUUGGGGGCGGGAGCCGGGUGCGGCGCCGCGGGGUACAUCCCCGAGGUGUGCAGAUCUUGAGUAUCAGUGGGCUUUGGGUUCACAUUUCUCUUGUUUCGCUAACCUGUGCUUUCCCUCCCUCCCCUUCUCUCUUUCCAUUGCAGAAACGAGAAGCAGGAGGAAGAAGAGGUUCGUGUCCAGCCCCCGCUACGUGGAGACCAUGCUGGUAGCCGACCAGUCCAUGGCCGAGUUCCACGGCAGCGGGCUGAAGCACUAUCUCCUGACGCUGCUCUCCGUGGCGGCCAAGCUGUACAAGCACCCCAGCAUCCGCAACUCCAUCAGCCUCGUGGUGGUGAAAAUCAUGGUCAUUUACGAGGAGCGGAAGGGACCCGAUAUCUCUUCCAACGCAGCCCUGACUUUGAGAAACUUCUGCAGCUGGCAGAAGCAGCACAACCCGCCCAGUGACCGGCACGCCGAACAUUACGACACGGCAAUCCUCUUCACCAGGCAGGACCUCUGCGGUGCCAAGACAUGUGAUACUCUUGGGAUGGCUGAUGUGGGAACAGUUUGUGAUCUAAACCGCAGUUGCUCUAUCAUAGAAGACGAUGGCUUACAGGCUGCCUUUACAACAGCCCACGAGCUAGGCCACGUGUUUAACAUGCCUCAUGACGAUGCAAAGCAGUGUGCUGGUAUUAAUGGAAUAAGCCGGGAUUUCCACAUGAUGGCAUCUAUGCUUUCCAAUCUGGAUCGCAGCCAGCCUUGGUCUCCAUGUAGUGCCUACAUGAUUACGACAUUUUUGGAUAACGGUCAUGGUGAGUGUUUGUUGGACAAGCCCCAUAAACCUAUCCAGCUGCCUUCUGACUUGCCUGGUACGUUGUACGAUGCCAACAGACAGUGCCAGUUUACAUUUGGAGAUGAGUCCAAGCACUGCCCCGAUGCAGCCAGUACGUGUACGACGCUGUGGUGUACUGGCACUUCUGGAGGACUGCUCGUGUGCCAAACCAAACACUUCCCGUGGGCAGACGGCACCAGUUGCGGGGAAGGGAAGUGGUGCAUGAAUGGCAAGUGUGUGAAUAAAACUGAGAAGAAGCAUUACGAUACACCGGUGCACGGGAGCUGGGGAUCCUGGGGGGUGUGGGGAGAGUGCUCCCGGACCUGCGGUGGUGGAGUGCAGUACUCCUUCAGGGAGUGCGACAACCCUGUCCCGAGGAACGGGGGGAAAUACUGUGAAGGAAAGCGAGUGCAAUACAGAUCAUGUAACAUCGAGGACUGUCCGGACAAUGAUGGCAAAACCUUUAGGGAGGAACAAUGUGAAAAGCACAAUGAGUUUUCCAAGUCUCCCUUUGGAAGCGGACCUGCAGUGGAGUGGACACCCAAGUUCGCCGGUGUCUCUCCAAAAGACAGGUGCAAGCUGGUCUGCCGAGCAAAAGGAACAGGAUAUUUCUUUGUUUUGCAGCCAAAGGUUGUGGAUGGCACCCCGUGUAGCCCCGAUUCCACCUCCGUCUGCGUCCAGGGGCAGUGCGUGAAGGCUGGCUGUGACCGUAUGAUAGGAUCCAAUAAGAAGUUUGACAAAUGCGGUAUCUGCGGUGGCAAUGGAUCCACUUGCAAGAAGGUGUCUGGCACACUUGUUAGAGCAAAACCCGGCUACCAUGACGUCGUCACCAUUCCAGCUGGGGCGACGAACAUCGAGGUGAAGCAGCGAAACCACAGGGGUGCAAGGCACGACGGCAGCUUCCUUGCCAUCAAAGCCGCAGAUGGCACCUACGUCCUCAACGGUGAUUACACCCUGUCGACGCUGGAGCAGGACAUCACCUACAAGGGCAGCGUGCUGAGGUACAGCGGCUCCUCUGCCGCCCUGGAGAGGAUCCGCAGUUUCAGCCCUCUGAAGGAGCCUCUGACCAUCCAGGUCCUCACGGUGGGGCCCCUGCCACAGCCCAAGAUCAAGUUCACCUAUUUCGUGAAGAAGCCCGCGCAGCCUGGGUCAGAGAAGGCGCCCAGUAGAAAGAAAGAGUCCUUCAAUGCCAUCAGGGAGAUCAUCUCCUCCGAGUGGGUCAUCGAGGAGUGGGGCGAGUGCUCCAAGUCGUGCGGCUCGGGCUGGCAGCGGCGGGCAGUGGAGUGCCGGGACCCCCAGGGGCGGCCGGCCGCCGACUGUGCCCGGGAGCUGAAGCCUAGCGAUGUCCGUCCCUGCGCCGACGUGCCCUGCCCGCAGUGGCAGCUGGGGGACUGGUCACCCUGCUCUAAGACGUGCGGGAAAGGUUUCAAGAAGAGAUUGUUGAAAUGUAUUUCUUACGACGGCAGCGUGCUGCCGCAAGAAAGCUGUGAGCCUUCCAAGAAACCGAAACACCUAAUAGACUUCUGCAACGUUACGGACUGCAGUUAA